AUGUCCAUCAGGGUCACUGGAAACCCUUGGGGACAUGGACCCAGGCGUCCCCAUGUCCCUCAAGGACACUGAGAACUCUUGGGGACAUGGACCCAAGUGUCCCCAUGACCCUUCUGUGUCCCCAUGUCCCCCCCAAGGACAUUGGGGACCCUUGGGGACAUGGAUCCAGGUGUCCCCAUGUCCCGCCUGUGUCCCCCUGGGACACUGGGAACCCUUGGGGACAUGGAUCCAGGUGUCCCCAUGACCCUCUUGUGUCCCCAUGACCCUCUUGUGUCCCCAUGUCCCCCCCCCCCAAGGACAUUGGGGAUCCUUGGGGACAUGGAUCCAGGUGUCCCCAUGUCCCUCAGGGACACUGGGACCCCCUGGGGACACAACACUGGGAUGUCCCUACGUCUUCUGGACACUGGGAGCCCUUGGGGACACGGAUCUAGGGUCACUCAUGUCCUUCUUGUGUCCCCAUGUCCUCUCUGGGACACUGGGAGCCCAUGGGGACAUGAAUCUGAGGUGUCCCCAUGUCCCUCAGGGACACUGAGGAAUCCUUUGGGGACAUGGAUUCUGGUAUGUCCCCAUGUCCCUCCUGUGUGCCCCAAGCACAUUGGGGACCCUUGGGGACAUGGAUCCAGGUGUCAUCAUGUCCACCUUGUGUCCCCAUGUCACCUGAGGGACACUGGGGACAUGACUCUAGGGUAUCCCCAUGUCCUCUGGACACUGCGGAACCUCUGGGGACAUGGAUUUGGGGAUGUCCCCAUGUCCCUUGUGUGUCCCCAUGUCCCUCAGGGACACUGGGAACCCUUGGGGACAUGGACACGGGGUGUCUCCAUGUCCCUUCUGUGUCCCCAUGUCCCACCCAAGGACACUGGGGACCCCUGGGGACAUGGACCCAGGUAUCCCCAUGUCCCUUCUGUGUCCCCAUGUCCCACCCAAGGACACUGGGAACCCUUGGGGACAUGGACCCAGGUGUCCCCAUGUCCCUGUGUGUCCCUGUCUCCCCCUGGGGACACGUCCCCCAGGUGUCCCCAUGUCCCUGCUGUGUCCUGACAGGACCGUGUCCCCUCCCCAGCAUCCCCCAUCCCGAUCCGUCCCAGGGGACGUGGAUUUGGGAUGUCCCCGUGUCCCUCCCCUGUCCCACAUCCCCCCCGGCACCCCCGUGACACAGAUCCGGGGUGACCCUGUCCCUCCUGUGUCAUGACCAGGACAUGCCAUGGGGACGUCCUUGUCCCCUCCUGGUGUCCUUUGUCUCUUGUCCAUCUCAGGGGACAUGGACCCAGGUGUCCUCAUGUCCCUCCCGUGUCCCCAUGUCCCCUUGGGACACUGGGAACCCUUGGGGACAUUGACACGGGGUGUCCCCAUGUCCCUUCUGUGUUUCCAUGUCCCUCUUGUGUCCCCAUGUCCCAUCGGGGACAUGGACCCAGAUGUCCCCAUGUCCCUCCUGUGUCUCCAUGUCCCUCAGGGACACUGGGAACCCUUGGGGACAUGGAUUUGGGGUGUCCCCAUGUCCCUCAGGGACACUGGGAACCCUUGGGGACAUGGAGCCAGAUGUCCCCAUGUCCCUCCCGUGUCUCCGUGUCCCUCAGAGACACUGGGAACCCUUGGGGACAUGGAUUUGGGGUGUCCCCAUGUCCCUU